CAUCUUCACUCUAGAAAGAACAAUGAAUUAUUCCUGUGUUUUUUUUUUAAACCACGACCUUUGUUUUAAGGAAGAUUGAAUACUAAAAGCAACAGAUCCAGGCUUUGUAAAGUAGAUAACAAAUAUUAAUUAAGACAUAAUAGAGCUAAAAGGACCGUGUGUAUAAAAUUAAACGCCUCCUCUGUAUCGCGUGUGUCCUCAUAAAUACCAUAACGACUCGGUGAUUUCACGCGAUCAGGGUUUGAUUUCCAUAUUUUUAAAAUGUUGCAAAUUUAAAACAAAAUUAAUAUUUAGAAUUGUUUUUUGGUAUCACCAAAACAUUACCGAUGAGCCAUAUCGGUAAUGUAAUUGCUGAUGGCAGGAUACUGAGCAUUAACUGUUGUAAGAGCUUGACCGUGCAGGGUGCAGAGGUGUGUGUCUGAAUGGAUACAGUACCAGGGGCAGCAGCCGGUGAUAAAUUCCCCUGCGAAGGCGGCGCUCGGCGGUUCAGCUGUUUGUUUGAGCCCAGCGUUUGGUGGAGAAGCACGCCGCGUCACCUUCCUUCCACGUCCGUGUCUCUCCGGUGUUUGGAGCAGGACAGGUACGCGCAGUGUUUGUUCAGGGUGUAGCGGAGAGCUGCUGCUCACAGAUGGAGUCUCUCUUGGACCGCUGGCUGUGGCGUCAGGAGUACUGGCUCCCGCCAGGCGUCACGUGGGCUGACAUGGUAGAGACAGAGAGCGUCCAGUACCCGCAGCCUCGCGACCUGCUCAUCACACUCCCCCUCUCCCUGGUCUUCAUCGCUGCACGCUACGCCUUUGAGAGGCUGGUGGCGCUGCCCCUGAGCUGGAAAAUGGGAGUGAGGGACACCACCCGGCCGGUUCUGGCGGUCCAGAAUGUGACCCUGGAGGUGUUUUAUAAGCAGCAAAGCAGGAGCCCAUCACAGAGUCAAUUCCACAGCCUAUCUAAACAGUGUGACCUCUCCCAGAGACAAAUCGAGAGGUGGUUCCGUCUCCGUAGAAACCAAGACAGGCCCAGCAACAGCAAGAAGUUCUGCGAGGCCUGCUGGAGAUUUACCUUCUAUAUGAUAGCCUUCCUCGCUGGCCUGGCUGUUUUGGUUGAUAAACCCUGGUUUUGGGACCCAAGUGAAUGCUGGGUUGGCUAUCCACAGCAACCCCUACAGACCUCCCAGUACUGGUACUACAUGACUGAACUGGCCUUUUACUGGUCUCUGCUGCUCAGAGUCUCGUUCGAUGUCAAACGAAAGGAUUUUAAGGAGCAGGUCAUCCAUCACAUCGCCACCAUUUUCCUGAUGGGAUUCUCGUACUGUGCUAAUUACAUCAGAGUGGGAACACUGGUGCUGCUGGUGCACGAUGCCUCUGACUAUCUCCUGGAGUCAGCUAAGAUGUUUAACUACGCCGGCUGGAGGAGGGUGUGUGACUCCCUGUUUUUCGUUUUCACUGCUGUCUUUCUGGUGACCCGGCUUGUGGUGUUUCCAAGCAAAGUGCUCUACACCACCUGGUAUCUCUCCAUGGAGAGCUUCCAGCCCUUCUUUGGCUAUUACUUUUUCAACGCCCUGCUCCUGGUCCUGCAGCUCCUCCAUGUUUUCUGGGCCUUGCUCAUCCUGCGCAUGGUCUGGAAGUUUGUCGUCCAGGGCAGGGUUGAGCGAGAUGAGAGGAGCGAUGAGGAGGAGAAUCACACAGAGGAGGAGGAAGAGGAGGAGGAGGAGACUCGCUGGGAGAGGAGGAAGUGCACCUUCGACUCCAAACUCCCCUCGCUGGCCAACAACUGCGUGUUCAACAAUUUAACCAACCAGAGGAAUGGCACACCCAGCAGGCAGCCAAAAGCCCGGUAGCGCUAAAGCCAUCUACUGGUGGGAGGCUGAAUUGCUCCCAUUGUUUUGUAUUCAUAUAUUUAUUUUUUUUGGCUUUUUACAGAUUUCAAGGUGAUUUUUUUUUUUUUGUGGCUAAGUGCUGCAAAGGUAUUAGGAUUGCACAAUAUCUUUUAGUUUAUUAUUAUUAUUAUUAUUAUUAUUAUUGGUAUUUACAUUUGUCAGCGCUAGAACUAAAUAAGAUAUCCAUUUGUCAUUUUGCAGCAGUUACUUUAUUAUGCGUACUCGCCUGUCUGUCGUUUUUGUUAAACAUCUAAAAGGUUUUAAUGUCAUUCUCAAUUGCAGAUUUUUACAACAAAACGUAUAGCCCCCUGUACACUGCUGUAUUGGCUAUCUCUGUGCCUCCAAGAGUGAGAAUAGUGCGCCCCCUUGUGUACAUUCUAAGGAAUUACAAGCACAGCCACCACAGGUAACGAUCACCUGCUUCACAAUGGCUGGGUUUCGUUCAAUGAGAUAAUAGUGAGCUCCACAGUUUCGUGUAGACUUGACUUUCCCGUUAAAUGUAGGAAGUGAUUACUAAAUAUGGCGAUACAGUAAAAUGAGAAGUGGCCAUUGGUUAAAAUCCUAAGCAGCAGCCAACAGGAACUGGGCCAGAAGUUUAAAACAGCUAGCAUACGGUACUGAUUUUAAAUGCUCUGUUUAUUAGGAUGUGUUUUUUUUUUUUUUUUUUUUGUUUUUUUUAAAUAUAUAUAAAGCAAACAAAUCUGAAAACCCACCAACAGAAAAAUACAGCAUAUGAACUGUAUCUCCAGUACAUCAUUGAAACCUAUGAACUGCAUAUCUAGUACAUCAUCUGAAACCCUUUUCUCUAAUGCCUCCCAUUGGCACAUGGCAUGAGGAUGGUGAUGAUCGCACUCCACACCAGCAGAGAUCCUCUUGCUGAUAAUAAAGGUGACACUUGGCAAUUGGUUUCAGUAGAGCCUGGGAGUCUCCAGCUAUGGAAUUACUAGGGUGUAGGGGUGAGGCAGGGAGUGAAACUGAUUGACCUUUUUAACUGUGACUCGCAACUUUUAUAAUAAUAAUGGUGAUAAUAAUAAUUGGAUUCAGAUAUCUUUUGCAUUGUUUUCUAAUGAGCCCAAAAAGGGGAGUCGGCACCCAACAGAAUAUUAAGAGUUCAUGCUAUAUAAUGUGUUUAACUUAUUGCACGUGCUUGUGUCUGAACAAUGCUCCAUUCUCCUGUUGCCCUCACACGUGUAUGCUAAUACAGCCCAGUGGAUUUACUGAGACUGAAUGACUGUGUUGUAACAGGAGGGCCAUGAUAUUACUGUGAUGGUACUCCCAAUUGUACAAGCCUCUGUUUCCAAACCAAAACGAAUGCAGAGCCUCAUCAAUCUAAAUACACUGUUUAAACUGUAAAGCACCUCGAUCUAUUAAGUGUACCAACGCACAGUCACAGAGCUGCUGUACCACUCACCCGCCUGUAGUUGCUGGAGCUCUCGGGUCGGGUCAGACUGAAGGGGGCGUGUCUGUCGUACCCCUGGUAAAAUGGAGGCCCUGGUUGUAACAUAAUGAUGGUCCGGUCAGAAGCAAAACUGUUGUCAGUGUGCUGCAUGGCAGGGGGUGGAGCGGUUCAGUGUUGAGGUUUGUUCUCAAGACAGCCAGCUUCUAUGUUGUUGUUUUUUUUUAUUUUAAUAAAGUAUAUUUUAUUGCACAA